UAAGGAUAUUAUAGCAAAUCUUUCGCCUGAAAGACUGACUGUGGCCACUCUGAAUGUCCUUUACCCUCCUUCAUGUUGCUUUUUCAGAUAUCUACAUGGACAUAAGCAGAGGUUUGAGUACCAAAUUAAGCACUUAUUCCCUGGUCUUGCUGACAUAAUCUGUCUGAACGAGGUCACCUGUGAAUAUAUGAGCUUUCUUAGUAAGAACGAGCUGAAUUAUCAGGUAAAUACUUGAGUCGACCUAUAGAUCUCUGAGAUCAAAAGCAAGCGAGGCCUUAACUCCUUGAUCAUGUCUAAACAUCCUUUUGAUGUUUUGAUCAAUAAGAAAAGAAUCAUCUUCGCUUUGUUCAAGAUCAAUGGGGUCAAUCUCAUCCUUGUUGCCGCACAUCUGUGCGCAAGGAUUAAUAAUGCACAUGUCAGGAAGAGGCAACUUGAGAUGGUAGAAAAUAUGGAGCGAACUUUGUUAGAGCAUCAGUGAGAAAUCACUGAGGAGAUAGCUGAUGCUAUCUCCAAGAAUAACAUCAUCAUUCUUGGAGAUUUAAACCUUCACCAUCCAAAUGAGAUUUCUCUCAUAGAGUCUGUAGGACUUUAUGACCUUUGGCUUGAGAAGCAUUCCCAUAAUGAUGGGAUCACUUGGGAUCCCUCAAAGAAUAGGCUGAUUAAUGUCAUGCUCCCAUUUGAUAACAGAAGGAUGAGGUUGGACAGAAUCUGAAUGCUUGAAUCAAAACAAAUGUCUAUCAGUGAUAUCACCAUGUUUGCCGACCAAAGGAUUAGCAAAUGCUAUCUGUAUCCUUCCGAUCAUUUCGGCCUCAGAGCCGAACUCAUUCUUGGGAAACCUUUUAAACCUAAAGAUAACAGGCAUAAGCGAGAAAUGAAGAAGAUAGCAAAAGAGACUCAGUACAGAUCUAUUAAAUGAAUCAUUGCGCUUAGAAUCCUUGCUGGAGCAUUCCUUGCUCUUUUCCUUCUUGGAGGAAUUGGAACCAUAGCAUGUUUUAUUUCAAGAAUAUUCUAA